AUGGUUGCUCCUGGUGCAAAGCGCAAGACCCCUGCUCGUUCCCAGCGCAAUAAUCGCACACACCCAGCUCAGCAAACACCCACCGCGACGACGACUCCGACUGCGACGACGACGCCGACUGCGACGAUGACGCCGACCGCGACAACGACGCCGACCGCGACAACGACUCCAACUGCAACGAUGACUCCGAUGCCUGCCGCAACGCACACGCCCACUGCCGCUGCGGCCUCUGCCAAUCCAGCCGCGCAGAUAACUCCAUCCAUGAUCGCCGUGCCGGACGCGGCACCCCCCACUGCGGCGAUGACUGGCCCUCCGACCGCCGUAGCCCUCAUGGCGCCGAACAAUCCGGGUGGACCACAGCCCUAUGGCAGCGGUUACUCAGGUACCAUCGGUAGCAGCAGCACCGUCAACUAA